GAUUGCCUGAUUGCUUGCCAAUGUACGAGCCAGUCGGAGCCAUGAGCGUCGCUAAUCCACCUGCGAUGGCGAGCUAGCGGUGAUUGGAGUCCGACAAUGCACAUGUACACCGUCCUGACCCUGGCCCUCGCGGUUUGGGUCGCAGACGGACUCCACCUACAUGGGACUUUUCGCACGGGCAAGUUCUUCACCUUCCUCGCCAAGUUCGGUUUCAAGAAGACGGAUAGACAUGACCAUGAAAACACUCUGGGCUAUAUUUACGGCAACAUCACGUCAUCCGAGCGAAACAUCACGCACCGUGGUACGCUUGUCGUCGUGGACAGGGACACAUUUUUGUCCUACUACGGCAAUCGGUCAGUGACGGAUAGACGGAGAGCCUGCGAACUUAUGUUUACCGGCAUGAACAAGGUAGCCUUCGACAGCAGCUGCAAUGUCAAUGGCACGCAAGACUUCCUCCGAAACAUCCCUUGUCAGCCUGGGAAGCUCUGCGAAGAUGAAGAUAAACCGAGCAGCGUGGUACGGGGCAACCAGUUCACGUACGCAGUCCGAGAUCUGCAUCAAGCCAGGUUCUGGUACAUCAGCAUGGUUUCCUGUUAUCGUAUUGGGGACAAAAAGACCUGCCAGUGGAAGGAGUCUAGUGCGGAAGAUAUUCCAAUUUCCUACAACAUCUGGAUGGUCAAUGGAAAUCCAGGCAGCUCGUCGCACAACAUUUUCGAGUAUCAGUUCUCCUUUGAACAGCAGGGCAGUCUUGAACGCGUGCUCCUAUUUCUGGUCCUGUACCUAAUCUUGACCUGCCUGCAAAUCUACGCGGCCCUACGCCAGCACCACCUAGUGACACGGCUCUUCACCGUUGCCCUCACUCUCCAGUUGCUCUCUUUCCUAUGGACCAUCACUCACUUGGGAUUCUUCGCUUGGGACGGUGUCGGUGUCAGCACGUUGGGUAUAGUGGGAGAUGUUACUUACAUGUUGUCACAGAGCCUGUUCAUGCUGCUGCUGCUGCUCCUGGCGAAAGGUUGGGCCAUCACACGUACGGAACUUACUUGGAAACCAGUUCUGUUCUGUAUCUGGCUCAUCUACAGUUGUAUCCAAAUUCUUCUUUAUAUUUGGAACAUGACCGAAGUGGACGUGAUCGAGGAGAUCGACGAGUACCAGACUUAUCCAGGCUGGAUUUCUCUGUGCUUCCGCCUCAUAAUCACAGCCUGGUUCCUGAGCGAACUGCGCUCCACGAUGGCGGACGAGAACGACCACCGCAAGCUGCGCUUUUACCUGCACUUCGGAGCCGGCAUGUUGUGCUGGUUUGUCUACCUGCCAGUGGUGGCGCUCAUUGCGCUGCAGGUCUCGGCCCUGUGGAGACAAAAGUUUAUCCUCGGCAUCAGCUCAUGUGCAGACUUCCUGGCCUACGCCAUUGUGACCCAUCUCUUGUGGCCGACACGAAGCCAGCAGUACUUCCAGCUUAAAUCCGUCAUUGAUCCAGGCGACGAACUCGAAGAGCUCAAUGAGGCCCCACAAAAUGUUCAGCAACGCACGAGAAAGGAAGUCUCACGUACCGAAGUAACCCAUAUCGAGAAGCUUAUUGAUUUAGAUAAUGAGAAAUCCGAAGACAUUUUCACUAAGUUAAUUGAUAGCCCGGAUGGCGUCAAGGGUUCUAAGUUUCCAAGGUACACAGCAUGAGAAACAGAGAGACUGGGUUAACAGCCUCCGAAUGAAGGGCUUCAGGCUGUCAAGUCUGGGCGUGAUAGGACACAGACUGACUUGAUAAGUACUUACUCUGUAUACUUCUACUGUAUGCCGUUUAGUUGCAUUGCACCACACGUCUGCAGUUUUCUGCCACGGUCUCAUGCACAGCAGUUUUGUAGACAAGUUGCUAUGACCCACUUUGCCGAUCGAAAUACAGAGAGAAGAAAAGGGUGGAAGAAACUGAAUUUUACCAUGAUAGUAGCUUUCGUGCCCUUUGUACAGUGUAUAAAAAUGCUUCCAAGGUCCUUGCAGAAAUUGCAGUGCGUUCAGAAAGUCACUGUGCACUUCGGCUAUGAUAUGCUGCAGCGCAGUGGUUAUGUAGAUAGUUGUCAGUAUUAUGUGAAAAGACUUGGCGCGACAUAUCGAACGAAUGCAUAUUUAUUCAGGAUAAACGAGACGAGGACAUAACACGCUGCUCUACCAGAAGGAGCCAAACGAAGGACAUGCACACAAACACAGGUCAGGACAAAAGUGGAAUGACUUCCACCUUACACAACAGCGCAACCACGCAGCCGAUUGUCAGGGCGGGUGCUUAUUGUACAGGAAAAAUGAAGGCAGGAAGGGGAAUUAGAAGUGAACUAUUUCAGGAAAGAUGAAAGAACCUACUCCUAGGUUCCACAAGAUGACGCUACCGAACUAAGAACUGCGUGUUCGUGAGAAGUAUCUCGCAAGCAGGUCUGCAGAAAGUAUUUCCACAUGAAAUUAAAUAGAUUGAGGGCUGUGUAAACACUAAGGAACAUCACGUUCAACAUCUUGGCACAGCGACUUUCCGAAUGUGCGGUGUAAUGCCAACACCACCUAGGUAGAGAAAGCUUGCUUACUCGUCGCCGUGACGUAACAGCUAAGAGUCGACCAAUGAGGAUCGUGUUUUUAACUGCCGUAGCCAAUCGUGAACGUGCUUUGAGCAGUUGUAGCCACGGAGACAAGCCACCGUCAGCCGCAUGAGUAGCCACUGUCGUCUGCGAGUGAUGAAUAUCCCCGCGUACUAAAUGGGACAACGGAAAGCUCAAAAUUGUCCCAUAUUUUUCUCAACACUGAUUUUCUGGAAAGCGUGUUUCCUCUUAGCCUGUCGGUUAAAAUUUGCAAAGUUAGCUGCAAUCGUUUGCGAGUUCUUGAAUUCGUGGAGCAGCAAAUCGUUUGUAGGAGACGAAUUCUGGCUAUGUGUCCACGUAGCGAAGGAGGGCGAGGAGGCCUUAAGCAGGCCUUCUGUAUCUAAGUGGCAUUGGUAAUGCUCAUCUUAGAGUGUAGGGUAGCACAAGUUAAGCGCUGGUAGCACUGAUUUUAUAACUUCCAUUGCGGAUGCCACAUGAAUGGCAAAUACCAAUGUGAUGACGAGAAGAAAGACCAGAGACGCAGAGACAAAAAAGGGAAGAAUACCAACACUUUCUCAAACACAGCAGCAGUCUAUUGAACAACAACCACGCUAUAUACCUAAAAAGUCCCAAGGAGGAAUAAAGGGGAAUAAGUGAAGGCAUACUAACACAGCUAUCGGCUGUUGAGUCCACCUUCCCUUAUUCCCUUUCCUCCUCUUUGGGGCUUAUUAGGUAUAUAGGGUGUUUUUCAUUUAUUUUUUUAUUUAUUGUUAAUACGUCAAGGUCCAAAGGCAUUACUUUUGUUUAAUAAAUCGCUGCUAUGUUUCAGAAAGUGUUGGUGUUCAUCCUUUUUUUUUUUUUUUUGUCCCCGUGUCUCUGGAUUUUCUUCCCGUCAUUAUGUACCAGCUAAUCUGCGCUCUCUCCCUUCUAUCAAUCAGUGUGAUGUCUUAAGACCUACUGUACACUGCAAGCAUACAGCUUCUUGAAUUAAUUUCUAUAUUCCUAGAUUUUGGCAUAAUGCAAAUUCAUCAUAUAUGUUUAUGUAGAGGGAGUAGUCAAUUUCUGCAGGUGUAACGCAUUAGUAUCUCUGCAUGAUGCAUACCUGUACCUUUUGCAACGAUGUGCAGUGUUUUCAACCCAUGUACUGCGUACAAUAUGCAUGCAGUUGUAGAAUUGUUUAUGCCAUAUCCUCCAUGACAUAUACCUUGUUCAUUGACUUUUAGCAUGGUCUGCUUCAAAAUUUACUCUAAAAAAUUUGUUUUGGCAGCACUUAAAUGUAAGACAUGCUUUUCAGUCCAGACAAUCAUUAGGUAAGAAUCAAAAUUUUGCCCGUAGUGUUUUAUCCCGAUUUUACGGAGGUAGCUCUAAAGAGCGUAGAUACCCAUACGAUUUAGUGCUGCUAGCUGAGUCUAAGUAGAAAGCAGAAUUUCUUGCAUCAAUAAACCACAGGCAGCAUUUGCUGUUUUUCAAUAUUGAACCUCUCUCAUACGUAGCGUACAAUAUUAUCAACAUUCAUACUAUGGUGGAGUAGAAAGUAUGCGUCGAGCAUUGAACGGAAAAUAUAAUUGCCAUUGUAUUACAACUUCUGUUUGUUUAUUCUGUCUCGUGAACUAUUUUAGUCAGCACGUGUUCGUGAAGUGUGUAGGGGAAAAAAAAUUGGUGCCGUCCAGAGUAAAAGAUCCUUGGGUUCAUUGUAAGCCUCAAGUCAUAAGUACUGUCCUUGCCUAUAAGUUGGAUAAGGUUGGAGGCAAGGCUUUUGACAGACAUACCCUAUCCGUGUAUUCAUACGAGCGACAUUCCCCAGAAGCGGAAGACGCGAAAAACGUCGUAGCUUUCUGAGCGCGAGCGCUCAACGUCCUGUGUUCGCAUACACAGCUAACCGUGGGAAAUAUCCUGCAACAUAGCAACAAGAUAUUCCGUAGCAGACGACAGGAAAUAUGCAGACGGUGUCGUCUGCUAAGUGCGCAGUACGCCACUACCAAUAUUCCGCACCCUGUGAAUGCUCAACACAACACGGGAAUGAACUUCGUCUCUGUGAGCAGUGUUUUCGCUUUUUCUUCCACUAGAAUCUUCCGUGAGGAUGUCGCUCGUGUGAAUACAAAGUAUUAUGCCAUUCUAUAUUCUUCUGAGGUGCCAUGGUAAGUGGCCAAAUCAGUUUGGUUUUCUCUGAGUUUUGCAGAGGAUGGGAGUUGCAGUUUUUCUUAAUUGCAAUCACCUUGAGUUGUGUUGUCAGUCAUUCAUUAGCAUGAUUGCUCAUUUGUUAUAAAUUCACUUACAACUCGAAGAUUUGUAUGUAAGGAUAUUUGCCUCAUGUGCCACCUUUUCUUCUUUUUGUUUCCAGUGGUGGAACAUUGAAAGUGUAUCUGUCAGAGCCAUGGAGAAAUAAAGUCGGUAAUAUUUACUGCAACCAA